ACACAUGAACUGAGCGACACACACAUUGUCUAUAUUUAUGGUGAAGUCAUAACAGCUGCAGUGCGAAGCCAACAGGAGCGCAGAGACAGACAGUAGGAGGAACACUCUGUAUCGACAGUCUUUAUAUUUGCUUAUAUGUUCUAUUGUAUUAACAUUUAGACUAUUAUUUAUGUCACUGUUAUUAUUAUUGUAAGGUCACGAGUGAGCAUUUCACUGCAUGUCAUACAAUACGUGACACAUAUCAUUAGAAUUUGAAGCACGUUCAGAAGGGCAGAUGCUGGAAACACAUUUGUUUUGGAGUCCUGAGCGCAAGCACAGACUGUUCCUAAAGUUUUGAGCAAAGUACCUGAUCUCCGGGAUUCCUGCGCCUCCCGAUCGGAUCAUGGAGGGAAACGGCGAAGCUCCCAUGAGCUCCUUCAUCAUGGAUGAGGAGACGCUGAAGAGGAAACAGCGGGAAAAGCUGAAGAAGCUCCAGGCCACCGGGGGGAACCCUCGUCCCGCGCGCUCACUGCUGUUCCUCACACUCAAAAACCCAUUUCGCAAGGCCUGCAUCAACAUCGUGGAGUGGAAACCGUUUGAGAUCAUCAUCCUCCUCACCAUCUUUGCUAAUUGUGUAGCGCUGGCCGUUUUCAUGCCCAUGCCCGAGGAAGACACAAAUAACACCAACAGCAACCUAGAGAGUCUGGAGUACAUUUUUCUGAUCAUCUUCACGAUGGAGUGCUUCCUGAAGAUCGUGGCGUACGGUUUCCUCUUUCACGCUGAUGCUUAUUUACGAAACUGCUGGAAUAUUCUAGAUUUCGUCAUCGUGACCAUGGGGCUGUUCACAGUGGUGGUGGACUUCAUCAACAGCAUCAGCGGUGUGGAGGCGCCGGUGGAGCAGAAGGGGGGAUUCGACAUGAAGGCGCUGCGAGCGUUCAGAGUGCUGCGGCCCCUGCGCCUCGUUUCCGGGGUCCCCAGCCUGCAGGUGGUGAUGAGCUCCAUCCUCAAGUCCAUGCUGCCUCUGUUCCACAUCUCCCUGCUGGUUUUCUUCAUGGUCACCAUCUACGCUAUCAUCGGCCUGGAGCUUUUUAAAUGCAAGAUGCAUAAAACAUGCUACCACACCGGCACAGAUAUUAUUGCCACAGGGGACGAUGCUCAGGCAGCUCCCUGUGCUCAGGCCGGUAAUGGCAGGCGAUGCACUCUGAACGGAACUGAAUGCCGAGGUGAUUGGCCCGGACCAAAUAAUGGCAUCACUCACUUUGACAAUCUGGGUUUCUCCAUGCUCACGGUUUACCAGUGCAUCACCACUCAGGGCUGGACGGACGUUCUGUACUGGGUGAAUGACGCGAUUGGGAUGGAGUGGCCCUGGCUGUAUUUCGUGACUCUGAUCCUCCUGGGCUCGUUCUUCAUCUUGAAUCUGGUUCUGGGUGUUUUGUGUGGAGAAUUCACCAAGGAGCGAGAGAAGAGUUCUCGAAGUGGAGAGUAUCAAAUACUACGGGAGCGACAGCAGUUCGAUGAGGAUCUGAAGGGAUACAUGGAGUGGAUCACACAGGCGGAAGUCAUGGACAAUGACCAGGAGGGGCAAGGUCUACUCCCCCUACAGGACGGAUCUGAAACAGAGACCCUCUAUGAGCUGGAUAUAUUGAACAAACUCAUGUUUUAUGUUCGGCAUGCUCGUCGCUGGAACCGUUUCUUCAGGAGGAAGUGUCGUGUGUGGGUGAAGUCUAAGCUGUUCUAUUGGCUGGUGAUUCUGCUGGUGUUUUUCAACACUCUGGCCAUCGCAACCGAACACCAUCAGCAGCCCGACUCGCUCACCAACUUCCAAGACAAUACCAAUAAGGCGCUGUUGUCUCUGUUUGCGGUGGAGAUGUUCCUGAAGAUGUACGCGAUGGGGCUGCCGUCAUACUUCAUGUCACUCUUCAACCGUUUCGACUGCUUCGUGGUGUCGGUGGGCAUCCUGGAGCUCAUCCUCGUACGCAUGGACGUCAUGUCUGUGAUGGGGAUCUCCGUUCUGCGCUGCAUUCGGCUUCUGCGGAUCAUCAAAAUAACCCGCCACUGGACAACUCUCAGUAAUCUGGUAGCAUCGCUCCUGAACUCAGUGCGCUCUAUCGCCUCCCUGCUGCUCCUCCUCUUCCUCUUCAUAGUCAUCUUCGCUCUGCUCGGGAUGCAGGUUUUUGGCGGAAAGUUCAAUUUUCCAGAUGACCGCGUGAGACGAAGCAACUUCGACAACUUCCCUCAAGCUCUGAUAACAGUUUUCCAGAUCCUGACAGGCGAAGGCUGGAACUAUGUCAUGUACGACGGCAUCAUGGCUCACGGAGGUCCUGCCAUACCUGGAAUCCUGGUCAGCAUUUACUUCAUCAUUCUGUUCAUCUGUGGGAACUACAUCCUCCUGAAUGUGUUUUUAGCAAUAGCGGUGGAUAAUCUGGCCGAGGCGGAGAGUCUGACCUCUGCGCAGAAGGAAAAAGCAGAGGAGAAGAAGCGGAAAAGGCUUCUUAGAGAAAAUCUGCCAGACAAGGGCGAGGAGGAAAAGGCCCUGCUAGCAAAGAAACUAGCGGAGCAGAGAGCCAAGAUUGAUGGAAUUCCCACCACAGCCAAGCUAAAAGUGGACGAAUUUGAAUCGAAUGUGAACGAGAUCAAAGAUCCGUUUCCUCCUGCUGAUUUCCCAGGUGAUGAUGAGGAGGAGGAGCCAGAGAUCCCGCUUAGUCCUCGGCCUCGACCAAUGGCAGACCUGCAGCUGAAGGAGACAGAGGUGCCCAUGCCGGAGGCCAGCGCUUUCUUCCUCUUUGGCCCGCAGAACAAGUUCCGCAAACUCUGCCAUCGCAUCAUAAACGCCACGACCUUCACCAACAUCAUCCUCCUCUUCAUCCUGCUCAGCAGUAUCUCUCUGGCUGCGGAGGAUCCCAUCGACCCCAUGUCCUUCAGGAACCAGGUCCUGGCCUACGCUGAUUACGUCUUCACUUCAGUCUUUACUGCAGAGAUUGUGCUGAAGAUGACAACGUACGGUGCGUUCCUACACAAGGGUUCCUUCUGCCGAAACUCCUUCAACAUCCUGGACCUGAUUGUGGUCGGCGUCUCGCUGCUGUCAAUGGGAAUGGAAUCAAGUGCCAUCUCAGUAGUGAAGAUCUUGAGGGUCUUGAGAGUAUUGAGGCCUUUAAGGGCUAUCAAUCGAGCCAAAGGCCUCAAACAUGUGGUCCAGUGUGUGUUUGUGGCCAUCAAGACCAUCGGCAACAUCGUUUUAGUCACCAUGCUCCUGGAUUUCAUGUUCGCCUGCAUCGGCGUCCAACUUUUCAAGGGGAAAUUCCUAUACUGCACAGACCCGCUGAAAAUGACGGCAGAGGAAUGCCAGGGAACGUUUAUUCAACAUCAGGAGAACGCUCUUCAUGAUAUGGUGGUCAGUCAACGCUUGUGGAUGAACAGCGACCUGAACUUCGACAACGUUCUGAACGGCAUGCUGGCUCUCUUCACCGUGUCCACAUUCGAGGGAUGGCCAGACUUGCUCUACAAAGCCAUCGACUCGAAUCUGGAAAACAUGGGCCCUGUUUACAACAACCACAUCGAGAUCUCCAUCUUCUUCAUCGUCUACCUGAUCCUCAUCGCCUUCUUCAUGAUGAACAUCUUUGUGGGCUUCGUCAUCGUCACCUUCCAGGAACAGGGCGAGCAGGAGUACAAGAACUGCGAACUGGACAAAAACCAGCGUCAGUGUGUCCAGUACGCCCUCAAAGCUCGACCCCUGAGGUGCUACAUCCCCAAAAACCCCUACCAGUACCAGGUCUGGUACAUCGUCACCUCCUGCUACUUUGAGUACCUGAUGUUCCUCCUCAUCAUGCUCAACACCAUGUGCCUCGGGAUGCAGCACUGUAAGCAGUCUGAUCACAUCACUGAUCUGGCAGACACGCUGAACGUCAUCUUCACCGUCCUGUUCACAGUGGAGAUGAUCCUCAAACUUGGCGCAUUUAAAGCAAAGGGAUACUUCGGAGACCCCUGGAACGUCUUUGAUUUUGUGAUUGUGGUCGGCAGUAUUGUUGACGUAAUACUCAGUGAAAUUGACGCGGCUCUCGCGGCUCAGGGCGGACUCUACUGCCUCACCGGCUGCUCUGAAGUGAAUCCAAUGCAGGCUAUAGCAGACUCGGAGAACAUGAGUGUUUCCAUCACACUCUUCCGGCUCUUCCGCGUCAUGCGUUUGGUGAAACUCCUCAACCGUUUUGAAGGCAUUCGUAACCUGCUGUGGACCUUCAUCAAAUCAUUCCAGGCUUUGCCAUACGUGGCUCUCCUCAUCGUUAUGCUCUUCUUUAUAUACGCCGUCAUUGGGAUGCAGGUGUUUGGCAAAAUUGCUUUACUAGAUGGCACCAUAAUCAACCGUAACAACAACUUCCAGACAUUUCCUCAAGCCGUUUUACUGCUGUUCCGGUGUGCCACAGGUGAAGGCUGGCAUGAGAUCAUGUUGGGUUGUUUAUACGGUCAGCGAUGCGACCCAAAGUCAGAAUAUCUGCCCGGAGAAGAGUACACGUGUGGAUCUGGAUUCGCCAUCCUCUACUUCAUGAGCUUUUACAUGCUCUGUGCUUUUCUAAUCAUAAACUUGUUUGUCGCUGUGAUCAUGGACAACUUCGACUAUCUGACCCGCGAUUGGUCGAUUCUGGGUCCGCAACAUUUAGACGAGUUUAAGAAGAUCUGGGCUGAAUACGACCCCGAGGCCACGGGCCGCAUAAAACACCUGGACGUGGUGACGCUGCUGAGGAGAAUACAGCCUCCGCUCGGAUUCGGAAAAUUCUGUCCUCAUCGGGUCGCCUGCAAGAGACUGAUUUCCAUGAAUAUGCCCUUGAACAGCGACGGAACCGUAACGUUUAACGCCACACUCUUCGCUCUGGUCAGAACGGGACUGAAGAUUAAAACUGAAGGUAAUUUCGAGCAGGCGAAUGAAGAGCUGCGUGCAAUUAUUAAGAAGAUCUGGAAACGCACCAGUAUGAAACUGCUCGACCAGGUCAUUCCAGCACUCGGAGAUGACGAGGUGACAGUGGGCAAGUUCUACGCCACGUUUCUGAUCCAGGACCACUUCCGGAAGUUCAUGAAGAGACAGGAGGAAUAUUACGGAUACCGACCGAGCAAGAAGAAUAAAAACACCACAGAGAUCCAGGCGGGUCUGAGGAGCAUCGAGGAGGAGGCGGCUCCUGAACUCCAGAGAGCCAUUUCUGGAGACCUCCUUAAUGACGAGGAGAUGGACAGAGCGAUGGAGGAGUCCGGAGAGGAGAGCAUCUAUAGGCGUGCUGGAGGUCUGUUUGGAAACCAUGUGGAUCCGUUCAGCAUGGAGAGAGGAACCGGGGCAGCACAGGUGACCAGCCAGAGACCCCUACAGCUCGCAGAUAGCAGAGCGGACAGGACGGAGACCACAUACGCCAGUUACCAUGCCAACAACAACAACACCAAUAACAACAACAGACGCAGACACAGUAGAUGUGAACCACAUUUCCCAGCAUGCAUCAGUGCAUCCCGACUGCAUAGUCCAGCGAGCGCAGCCGAGUUCCUCAUCCAACAGGUUCUGACCUCUGGAGGUCUGGAGAGUCUGGCCAGUGACUGGCGCUUUGUGUCCGUGACAAAGUCUGAGAUGGCAGCGGCCCUUCAUCUGGAUCUGCAAGAGCUGGAGAGAAAAUCAGCAGCCAUACUCAAUCAACAUAAAGGACAAUGUGUGCUCAGAAAGAAGAAGAUGGAGACCUCUCAUUCAGACAUUACACACUGCCAUGUCUAACCUUCAUCAAAGACAUGUUAGCUGUGUUUCCAUCCAAAAAUGUGAAUUAGAUUCAUGCACAAAACUGGAAUAUGGCAUGAAACAUUAGCGAAUAGAGCUGCGCCUCAGAAGACUAAGACCAAACAAAAUGAACAAGGUGAAUGUGGUGGCUUCCAGAGGCGUGAGAUGGGAACGCAGACAGUUCUGGAGGGAAUAAUAAUAGAAGAAGAAUACUGAAGCACUGUGAUGACGGACAGACGGAGGACUGAGGCCUUUACUAUCAGCACAACAACAUUUCACAUCUGACACAAUGCAAAACCUCACACACACAUUUAAAUCUGCAGACCA